GCCUGCGCUCGGCAUUCGCGUGUGCCGAGCUCCGGUGGCCGCCGAGCGGGGCCCCGGGCGGUUCUCGGUAUGUCUUGUCCGUCCGUGUGUCCGUGUGGCAGCUCCUGCCCCUGGCACUCCGGUGGGUUCGUCCCCACGGAGCCUCUCGGGUCCCCAGAGUUUUGUGGUGCCGAGUUCUGCAGAAGCCCCGGUGCCAUGAUGCCUCAGAAGAGGGGACAGAUACCUUCCAGAAUAGCCAUGAGCAGUUAUUGGAAAGUCCUGGGAAUUUUCUUAAUCUUUCUUCAAAAUGCACUGUCUCUCCAGCCAGCCCGGCCCAAAGUGCUGCUGGUGUCUUUUGAUGGGUUUCGAUGGGAUUACAUCUACAGAGUGCCCACUCCCAAUUUCCACUAUGCCAUGAAGAACGGGGUGCACGUCAGGCAGGUCACAAAUGUGUUCAUAACCAAGACCUACCCCAACCACUACACGCUGGUGACUGGGCUCUAUGCAGAGAGCCACGGCAUCGUCGCUAACGAGAUGUACGACCCUGUCCUGAACGAAUCCUUCUCCCUGAACAAAAUGAACACCCACAACUCCAAGUUCUGGGAAGAGGCCUGCCCAAUAUGGGUGACAAACCAGAGGGAAGGACACAAAUCUGGUGCUGCUAUGUGGCCUGGGACAGAUGUGAAGAUACAUGGAGUCUUGCCUACACAUUACAUGCCCUACAAUGAAUCUGUUCCCUUUGAAGACAGGGUAGCAAAGCUCAUUGACUGGUUUACAUCAGAAGAACCCAUAAACUUUGGUCUUCUGUACUGGGAGCAGCCUGAUGAGAUGGGCCACUUGCUGGGCCCAGAAAGCCCACUUAUGGGAGCGACAAUCAAGGACAUUGACAGAAAACUGGGAUAUCUCAUUUCUGAACUGAAGAAAGCGAAGCUGUGGGAUGUGAUAAAUGUCAUAGUCACAAGUGAUCACGGGAUGUCACAGUCGUCCUCAGAAAGGCUCAUUGAGCUUGAUCAGUACGUGAGCAGAGAGCUCUAUGAAAUCAUUGAGCACACCCCUACAGUAGCAAUUUUGCCAAAAGAAGGCAAACUGGAAGAAGUAUAUGAAGCUUUGGCCAAUGCUCAUCCCAACAUGACUGUAUAUAAAAAGGAGCAGAUUCCAGAUAGAUUUCAUUACAAACACAACAGAAAAAUUCAGCCCAUCUUAGCAGUGGCUGAUAAAGGAUGGGAAAUUGUACAUAACAAGACUGAUGGUUUUCUAUUUGGUAAUCAUGGAUAUGACAACACUGUACCAGAAAUGCAUCCAAUUUUUUUGGCAGUUGGGCCUGCUUUCAGAAGGAAUGCCACCAAACAAUUCAUGAAUGCUACAGACUUGUACCCCUUACUGUGCCACCUGCUUGGCAUCAAACCACUGCCCAACAAUGGUUCCUUAAAUGCUGUGAAGGAUAUACUUGUUGAGGGAGUUCCUGGAGCCCGUGGAGCAGAUUCCUACUCCACUGUUAUAGGAGUCUUCCUGGGCAGCUUGCUAGUUUUGGUUUUUACUGCAGUUUUUGUUAAGCAUUUUGUCCUUGCCCAAGCAAAUUCCAUGCAAAUCCAACACACUGAAGCUGCCCAGCCACUGCUGCAAGAUUAACAACACCUGGGAUUAUUUCCUGUUUGAGGCUUAACAUAAGCCUAUACAAAGAAAAUAAACAAUGGAGAUGGAUCAGCAUGACCAUGUGGAGUGAAAAGAGAUGGAUGCUGACCCACUGGUACUCUGGGCCAUGUACAGACCAGGGAUGGAGAGAGAGCAUGUUCCUGUUUCACCCUGCAGCCACUUCCUCUUCCAGGGCUUGAGGAUAUCCUAGGCAAACCUGGGAAACUCUGUGUGUAUGUAGACCUGUAGUGACAGUAGGCCUCAAAUACCUUAUUAUGGCUAUUUCUAGGGAAAUAACAUAAACUUCAGUGCAAUUCACAGACUAUUAAAUGGUGAUUUCAUUUCCCACCCUCUUUUUUGUUUUAUUCUUUGAGGGUUUUUUUGAGGCUCUUUGAUUUUAACAAGUCACUCAAUGGUACUAAACUUCUUUGUUAGUAUUUUAAUUCCCUGCCCAAGAAAGCUUGUGCAUGGGUCACCAUUACAGAUAACUUGGUGUCUUAAAUCCUGCAGGAAAUAACAUUAUUAUUCAGCUAGGCCAUGCAGAGCUAGGUGUCUAAGUUUGGAGUUACAUAUAUUUCUUCAAGUUACUGUGCUAACUGUAGCUCCAAAAUACAAAUCUUAAGUGGUAUUUCCUUUAGCAAUCAGCAUUAAACUGCUUGAUUCGUAAUGUUUUAAAAAUUUAUUCAAGUAAAUGUAGAUUUUUACCACUUUAGAUAUGAUUUCAGGUAAAUGUAGGUCUUUUUCAAUUUCCUGUACACUGCACUAAAUUUUCUAGGCGUUCCAUGCAGCUGGCAGGAUAAAGACACAUAUGAGCACCACACCUGUAUCCAAAUGGAGUCUUUUCUAUUUCUGUGGUACUAAAGGAGGUGAAUAAGUUGAGAAACAAGGAUGCUCAGGCUGGUUUCAGAGUGUUGUCAGGCUUGGUCCUGGUCUCCUAGUGAUGAUUCUGAGUUUGACUUGUGUCUUGUGCUUUAUCUGCUCUGUCUGGGUGGGCCUUGGAAUGGGAUGAUCAGGACUACACAUUUUAAAGGGCAGCUGUGUAAAUCCUAAGCCAUAUAUGUUCUUAAAUCUGAAAAAGCACACUUUAAUAAUAAUUAAAAAAAGGUGUAAGACUGGAGUUAUUUUUCCAGAGGAAAACCUCUGUCAAGGAAAAAUAUGAAUUCUGUGUCAACAAAGGUACAUAUUUUCAUUCUUUUGUGUGUGGCAAUAAAUCUUCUUACUAGGCUAGUUGUGGGGUUUUUUUAUGAGCUCACUUAAAUGGCAAGUGAAAAUCUGCUGACUAAAGUUUGUAUAAAGUUUCUCAUUCUGAUGUGAGAAAAGUUGUCUAUUGUCAGACUUCUCCCCGUGAGAUGAUAGUAUUUCUCAGCAUUUCGAUGCUGAGUACAAUGCCUGAAGGAGAAAGAAACUUUCAAAAUGAGUGCAGAAGUAGCAGACCUGGGUAUUUUUAAAUGCAAUUUAUGUGUGUAGCCACAGCCCCGAGCAGAGGGCAAGGAUGGGAACACCUUGGCUUUGGAUAUGCUCUGCCAAACCAAGGGCAUGACUGACAGUACUGCAAGGGGAGAGCUGGAGUACAAAAUUCCUUUUGCUGGGCUAAAUUCCACUCCUAAUGAAGAUCUGUUGUGUUUCUCUGUGAUGUCAGGGACACUUAGCACCAAGGUGUCUUGCAGACAGAUGUGGGCAUUUCCAGAGGCCACAUCUGGGUGUAGCAAAUGCUUGAGAGGGAAUGCAAUGAAAUAGCCCAACUUAAGGGUUAUGCUGAAAGUUCAGCUGUGAUAGUAGCUUUAGGAAGGCAGGAAAAAUGCAGGUCUGUUGGAAGAUAGCCUUGAUUCUUGGUGCAGCUGGCCAUUAGCUGUGCCUGAAGUUGAAUUUGCUGGCCCAGGUAAAACUGAGUUUUGCAGGAGCUCCAGCUGAACCACGACACCAGUAACGUGUUCACGGCAGUUUUCAGAGACCAGGGAAGUCUGAGCACAAAACCCCAACCUCUGAGUUGUUACUAAUCCCUCCCCUACCCACCUUCCAAAAAGUGGAUGGCACACAGCAAACUGAUGUACUGAGUCCACCUUUUCUUGCUUAUUUUCAGCUUAAAAAUGAAUUGUAGCACAAACAUGUUGUGUGUUUAAAGGAAGGUCUGCAGGCUUCGAUAAGGCAAUAACAGUGACAAUUGUCAUAACAACGCCAUAACCCUCACCUGUAGCUUCUGCACUUUGGAACACAUUGCUUCAGUAGAAAUUCUUCUUAUUACAGUAAUUUCAUAGCAGUGAUCGUGGCAGAUGUAAAAAAUACUGAGUUGUAAUCUCAGAGCUUUUCCUUAAACCCUACUUUAAUUGUGGCAAGUGUAGUUCUAUCAUCAGCCAAAGUGACUCUUGAUUUUAAGGAGGGGGCAAAGUUUGUCAGUAUUGAUCAGUGAUUUGGGACUUAAGAUUUACCUUCCCAAAUAUGCAACAAGGAUAGAGCAGUAGGUUUCCCCCAACAAAGGGUUUGGGAACAAUAAUAUUCAGAAUAGGCUGGGGACACGAAUGUGAGAACUGUUGAUGUCAUUGUUCUGUAUUGCACUGUGAGGCCCAUCUUUGAGGAGGGCAAAAUAAAACUUUGUAAAAAGAAAAAAAAAUAAAAGAGAAUCUUGUAGCAUUUGGGUAUUUCAGAUUAGGGUCAAUCAUUUCCUUUAUUCUUAGGUGUAUUUGCAGGUACCUCUUGGGUGGUUCGUUGUUAGGACAUUUGCCCAACUGUUUUAAGUUGCUGGGUGUGAGCUUAAUGAAAUUGAAACCACAGAUGAUGCCAGUGGAGAAAAAUUUUCUCUGAUGUGACACUUUGUCAGACACUUUUUUGGGUGGGGGGGACGUGGGAUUUGGUUUCUGUGUAUAUGAUACUUUCUAUGAUGUAUAAACAAGUUUACUGGAAAGAGAAUUUGAGUACACUGUGUACUGCUUGUAACUUAAACUUGGAAACCAAGAAUGAUGCAUGAUGUGUUUCAUUACUGACCUGUGGAGCAUAAAAAUGUCAAAUGUUUUCUUUGUUUCUUCUUGUUUGGAAACGCUGAAGUUAAAAUACAUCUGUGCUGUAAUUCUGUCAA